CCUGGGUAUAUAUGAUCACAUAUAGCUAUUUACAUGUGACCCAUCGACACCGGAACCCUUCACAGUCGGGUCGCGCUUGCAGCUGUUAGCCUUGUGGCAUCCCGAUUUUUCCCUAGACGCUGCCUUCAUCUCCAUAUUUCUGCAUUCCAUUUUCAAGGCGCUUAACGUCGGGGCCACCAACGAUCUCUUGCGCAAAUGGCUGCCGCAAGCCCGGCUGAGCCGCAUAGCGAAUCCUUCAACGACCGCAGCUAUGCUGAUUGGCUAGCUCGCGCAGAGGCCAAAAUGGCCGCCAAGGCAAAGCCCCCCGGCUCCCUAGGCACCCUGGAAACCCUGGCUUGCCGGCUUGCCGCCCUUCAACACACCCUCGAGCCCCGCGUUGGCCGCACCUACCUGCUCGUGUUCGGAGCCGACCAUGGGAUCACGGCGGCGCGACCGGAGAUCAGCGCCUAUCCUCGCCAGGUGUCAGCGCCCAUCUUCAAAGCCAUUGUGCGCGGCCAAGCUGCCAGUGCCGUACUUUGCGCUGCCAACGCCUUGACGGCACUGCUGGCGGUGGAUGUAGGGCUGGACGCGGACGUGACGGGUGUCCAGCCGCCGCCGCCGCUGACAGGUUUGGAGGAGCCGGCAUGGAGCCGAAAGCCGCAGAUCGCCGUACUUCACCGAAAGGUGCGGCCGCAGGGCAGUCGCAACAUGCUGGAGGGUCCCGCCAUGACGGAGGAGGAGCUGGCGGCGGCGCUGCAGGCGGGCGCAGAUGCCGUACAGACGGCCGUACGGGGGAGGCCGGGGCCGGCUGGGGCCGAGCAGGGUUGUGCCGUACAUGAAGGCAGUGGCAGCGGCAACGGCGAUGUUGGCAACAGCAGUGGUGGUGGUGGUGGUUGCGCUGGGAGAGGCGAUGCGCUGCCUGACGACUGGCGGCGCUGCGUGCUGUGUAUAGGGGAGGUCGGCAUAGGCAACACCACAGCGGCUGCAGCGCUGCUGGCGGCGCUGACGGGGGCGUCCCCGGAGGAUGUUUGCGGGCGGGGAACAGGUGUGGAUGAUGCGGGUCUUGCUGCAAAGCGCGCCGCGGUGGAGGCAGCGCUGGCAGCCAAUGAGGGGCUGCUGGCGGCCGGGGGCGGAGGCGGCGGAGGCGGGGCGCUGCGGGCGCUGCGGGCGGUGGGCGGGUUGGAGCUGGCGGGCAUGGCGGGGGCGGUGCUGGAGGCGGCGAGGCUGGGGCUGCCGGUGGUGGCGGAUGGGUUCAUCAGCGGCUGCGCGGCGCUGGCGGCCCUGGCGCACCAGCCCCGACCCGUGGGUCGCGUGCUGCUGCUGUCCCACCGCAGCGCGGAGAGGGGCGCGGCGGUGCUGCUGGCGGCGCUGACGGGCGCCACCCCGCUGGCACCCCACGUGGCGGCACACCAGCAGCAGGAGCAGGAGCGGCAGGAGCAGGAGCAGCAGGAGCAGGGUGCACAACAGGAGCCACACCAACAGGAAGCAGCGGUAGCCGCAGCAGCAGCAGGAGGAGGAAUAGCACGCGCAGGCCCAUGCGCACGUCCCACGCCUGCCGUGUUGGACAUGGGGAUGCGUCUGGGCGAGGGCACCGGGGCGGUGCUGGUGCUGCCGCUGCUGCGGGCGGCGGUGGCGGUGCUGCGAGACAUGGCCUCCCUGGAGCAGGUGCUGGC